AUGGGUUAAAUUAUUCAUGGCUCCUACUAGAGCUAAUAAAUAUAAGAAUUUUGUGAAUAGAAUAGCAUAGAUAUUAACAUAUUUUAGAAUUAGAUCAAGUUUUUAAGUUAAAUGAAAUAUUAAUAUGUUGGAAUAUUAGGAAAUGGAUUAUUUGGUUAGCAAAUACAAGCAUAUUCUGAGAAUUAUUAGAGUGUAGCAAUUAAAAUAAUUUAUAGCAAGAACUCUGGUUUAGAAACAGCUCUUAAACAAUCAACAAAAUACAAAUAAAUAAAAAAUACAUAACAUCUUGCGCAGAUACAUGAAAUUGUAUACAAUCCUUCUUUAAACACUUAUUACAUUGUGUAAGAGUUGGCUGAUUGCUCCCUUAAGGAAAUUCUUGAAAGUUGCAAGCUAACAGAUAAACAAAUAUAUGAAACUACACUGCAACUGUUAGAAGGUUUAGCAGAACUUGAAAAUUUAGGAUUAAUACAUGGAGAUAUCAAGACAGAAAAUAUCUUAUACAAUAGACCUAAAAAUAAAUUUAUGUUUACUGAUUUUGGUUUGGCUCAAGUUUUAAUGAAAUCUAAUAAACCUGCUUCAUCUAAUUCCAAACAACUAUAAAGAACUUAAAUUUAUGGUGCUCCAGAACUAGAAAAAGAACAAGAUACUUCAAGAUUUUAAAAUAAGAUGGAUACAUAUGCCCUUGGAAUGGUUUUGUCUGAAAUAAUUAUUGGAAAAGGAUUUGAACUUGAGGAAUCUAUCGAUAUCAAAAAUAAUAAUGACAUACAAGACUACAUACCAUUCGACUCUCAUCAUAAAUUUUACAUAGAAAAGAUUAUUUUAAAUAUGGUGAAGGUAUCGAAAAAAGAGAGAUAAGAAACUAGUGAACUGAUUAACACUCUUAAGAAAAAUUUUGAGUUUAAUGAAUAAGAUUUAAUGGCUAUUUAUAUAAAAGAAAUAUCAAAGCUUCUUUAAAACUAACAAAAAAUUAGCAAAGACUAUCAAAUGUAUUAUCAGAAGUAUUUUUCACAAAGAAACUUAUAAAAAAUAAGUGCUAACGAAUCGAGAACAUAAAUAGGUGAUGGAUAGUUAUAUGGAAUAAUUGAUGCCAUCAAAUUAUGCAAGAAUAUUUAAGAGCUAGAAUUACAAUUUUAUGUCAAUUUAAUAACAGAUAGUGGAUUAUUUGCAAUUACCAGCUUGGUUAAUGAUCAUUCCAAGUCUUUAGAGAUAUUAACUAUCAAUUUUGAAGAAAACUAAAUUAGAGAUAGAGGCAUUCUACAAUUAUUUCAGUCUAUAAAUAAGUGUUUGCUGCUGAGAAAACUUUCUCUUAGUUUCACAAAAAAUAGAAUUACAGAUGAUGGUUUUAGAGGUCUUAUUCCACUAGCUAAUUCGAGUUAAAUUUAAUUGCAAGAAUUAAAGCUACAUUUCUCUGAAAAUUAAAUCACAGGAAAUGGGCUAAUAGAUGUAUUAAAGGCUCUUUAAUAGCAAAAGAAACUUACAAGUCUUUCUCUGUAUUUAGCAGAUAUUUGUAUCAACGAUCAAGAUUUCUACGGUAUUACAGAAGUGUUAACCAAUUUUAAGUAAUUGCAUGAACUCAAAUUAUGCUUUUAGAGAAACGAUUUAAGUAGUGAUGGGUUUAAAGGAUUGGCAGAAAUAUUUAAAGAUAAUAUUUUAUUAUAAUCAUUAGAAUUUUACUUUUAGUAAAAUAAAAUAGAUGACUAAGGACUAAUCUCUGUUGUAGAUAAAUUAUAAUUCUGUUAAAAGCUAUAAUUAGUAGAGCUAUUUUUUUCAGAAAACCGAAUUACCGACCAUGGGCUUAUAGGCACAGCAGAUUCUCUUAGAAAAUGCAAACAAUUAAAGGACAUUUAUAUAGAUUUUAGUGAAAACAAAAUUUAAGAAAAGCAAAGGAUUUAGUAAAUAUUCGAUGGUAAUUUUAAAGGCAAAAUGAAUUUCUAUAGCAUAGAUUUUUGA